UGCGGGGACGGGGGACACUCCGGCCGCCGCCGCGCCCCGCGCAAUCACCGCCUCCCUCCUCCCGCCGCCGCACAGCGCCGCUUAUUCCCGCCACCUCCUCCUCCUCCUCCUCCUCCUUCCUCGGAUGCAUGCACGGCUCUCCGCUCUCCGCCAGCGCACCGGGCGGGCUGGAGCCUUCCUCCUCCUCCUCCUCCUCCUCAGCGCUUUAAAACUUGCCCGCCGCUGAUCUCCGACGCUGUCCGCCCUCGGCUCCUCCACCAGCACCUCCAGGUCGGCUGAAGCCAUGCCCUGUGUUCAGGCUCAGUAUGGAUCCUCACCUCAAGGAGCCAGCCCGGCCACCCAAAGCUACGGCGGCUACCACUCUUCUUCUUCUUCAUCUUCUUCCUCGGGAGAAUACAGCUCCGAUUUCCUAACCCCGGAGUUUGUCAAGUUUAGCAUGGACCUCACCAACACCGAAAUCACCGCCACCACUUCUCUCCCCAGCUUCAGUACCUUUAUGGACAACUACAACGCCGGCUACGACGUCAAACCGCCUUGCUUGUACCAAAUGCCCCUCGCCGGCCAGCAGUCCUCCAUUAAGGUGGAAGACAUUCAGAUGCACGGCUACCAGCAGCACGGCCACCUCCCCCCACAAUCCGAGGAGAUGAUGUCCCACUCGGGCUCCGUCUACUACAAGCCCUCCUCGCCCCCGACCCCUGCCACCCCCGGCUUCCAGGUGCAGCACGGCCCCGUGUGGGACGACCCCGGCUCCUUGCACAACUUCCACCCCAACUACGUGGCCACCACGCACAUGAUCGAGCAGCGCAAAACGCCCGUCUCCCGCCUCUCCCUCUUCUCCUUCAAGCAAUCCCCCCCCGGCACCCCCGUCUCCAGCUGCCAGAUGCGCUUCGACGGGCCCCUCCACGUCCCCAUCAACCCCGAGCCGGCCGGGGCCCACCACGCCGUGGACGGGCAGGCCUUCGCCGUCCCCAACCCCAUCCGCAAGCAGCCCUCCAUGGCCUUCCCCGGCCUGCAGCUGGGCCACGCUCCCCAGCUCCUGGACAGCCAGGUGCCCUCGCCCCCCUCCCGGGGGUCCCCCUCCAACGAGGGGCUCUGCGCCGUCUGCGGGGACAACGCCGCCUGCCAGCACUACGGCGUCCGCACCUGCGAGGGCUGUAAGGGCUUCUUCAAGCGCACGGUGCAGAAGAACGCCAAGUACGUCUGCUUGGCCAACAAGAACUGCCCGGUGGACAAGCGCCGGCGCAACCGGUGCCAGUACUGCCGCUUCCAGAAGUGCCUGGCCGUCGGCAUGGUCAAGGAGGUGGUGCGCACAGACAGCCUCAAAGGCCGGAGGGGUCGCUUGCCAUCCAAACCGAAGAGCCCCCAGGAGCCCUCUCCCCCCUCUCCCCCGGUGAGUCUGAUCAGUGCGUUGGUGAGAGCCCAUGUCGACUCCAACCCGGCUAUGACCAGCCUGGACUAUUCCAGGUUCCAGGCCAACCCCGACUACCAGCUGAGCGGGGACGACACCCAACACAUCCAACAGUUCUACGACCUCCUGACGGGCUCCAUGGAGAUCAUCCGGGGUUGGGCGGAAAAAAUACCCGGGUUCACCGACCUGCCCAAAACAGACCAGGAUCUGCUCUUCGAAUCAGCCUUCCUGGAGCUCUUCGUGCUACGGCUGGCCUACAGGUCCAACCCGGUGGAGGGGAAGCUCAUCUUCUGCAACGGGGUGGUGCUGCACCGCCUGCAGUGCGUCCGCGGCUUCGGGGAGUGGAUCGACUCCAUCGUGGAGUUCUCCUCCAACUUGCAAAACAUGAACAUCGACAUCUCGGCCUUCUCUUGCAUUGCUGCCCUGGCCAUGGUCACAGAGAGGCACGGGCUGAAGGAACCCAAGAGGGUGGAAGAACUUCAGAACAAGAUUGUGAACUGCCUCAAAGACCACGUGACUUUUAAUAACGGGGGGCUGAAUCGCCCCAACUAUUUGUCCAAACUCUUGGGGAAGCUCCCCGAACUCCGCACGCUUUGCACGCAGGGGCUGCAGCGCAUUUUCUACCUGAAACUGGAGGAUUUGGUGCCGCCGCCAGCAAUAAUCGACAAACUUUUUCUGGACACUUUACCUUUUUAAGACUCUUCCCCCAAGGCCGCGGCCAGUGAACUGGAGAGAAACGUCACCUGCCUGAGAGGGGGGCAGUUGGCCUGGGCCCCAGCGCGGCGCCUGGGGGUGCCGGCCCCCCCAUCCCCACCAGUGUCACCACCCCCCUGUGUGGGGCAGCGCGCGGAGGGGCGGGUUUUUUUGGCUCUCGGGGGCAUCACGGAUGCAGCUCACGGACUACACAAACACCAUGGUAUAAACUUUUUAUUAUCAGCUUAUAAAUGAAUUUAUUACUGAGGACCUCUGACUAAACCGAUGCCCACAUCUGGCGACGCCGGGUGCGCGGCUCAGACUCACGCGGUGACAAAGGAAGCGUUAAAGGUGACCCACGAGUCCCCACCCUCCUAAAGACUAAAGUUUUCUGCUGUAAAAGAAAGCUGUAAUAUAUACAACCCCUCAGUGUUGCGUGGGUGGCAUGUCAUUGAAGAAGGCGAAGGCUUGUAAAUUUAUCAGAUGCGGUUUGGCUUUUUAAAAAAUUAUCCUGUGCCUAUUUAUGGAGAAAUAUGGGAAACGAUUCUAAGGAAAAGGAAAGAAAAAAAAAAAAAAAGAAAUAAAUAAAUUAAAAAGAAAAGCUAAACGUGUUUGCAAAAAAAAAAAAAAAAUAAAAAAAGAGGAAAAAAAAUUUUAACAGGAGAAUAAAGAGAAAGAAAAAUAAAUCUCUCCUCCGUACCAGGAAAGCAUGACGAUUCUAGGGUGAGGAUGUUAUAGGCACUUGCUAUUUCAGUAAUGUCUAUAUUCUAUAAAUAGUAUUUCAGACACUAUGUAGUCUGUUAGCUUUUAUAAAGACUGGUAGUUAUCUAAGCUUCAAACGUUUUCUCAAUUGUAAAAUAGGUGGGCACAAGUAUUACAGAACCCGAAAUCCUCCCCAAAGGGACACAUAGUGUUUGUAAACACCGUCCGACAUUCCUUGUUUGUAAGUGUUGUAUGUACUGUUGAUGUUGAUUAAAAAAAGAAGUUUAUAUCUUGAUUAUUUUGUUGUCUAAAGCUAAACAAAUCUUGCAUGCAGCAGCUUUUGACUGUUUCCAGAGUGCUUAUAAUAUACAUAACUCCCUGGAAAUUACUGAGCACUUUGAAUUUUUGGUUUGUUUUGUUCCGUUUGGGUUUUGUUUUUUUUUUUUAAUGUCUAAAAUUGUCGGUUAAUAUAUUAUUUUAUGUUGGAGUAAUAUUUUUAAUAUUGCCAUAUUCUGUAGUAUUUUUAAUUUGUAUAUUUCCCCUGUGGCACAUGAUACAAGUCACUGCUUUUUUUAUUUUUUUUUUUUUUUUAUUUUUUACUAUGGUGUAUGACAGUUAG